AAUUGUUUAUUUUCUAAAGUUCAUUAUUUUGUUGACGAAAAAGAAAUGAAACAAAAAGCAAAUUCAUUAAUAUAGAAGCCCUCUCCCGCCAGGAAGCAAUAAACGAACAAGAACCUGUCUUUCUUCCUUCUCGUUCAUCUGAUUAAUUCUGAUUAUUUGGGCUUCGAAUUUUUCUCCUCAGAAUACGACGUGAAUGCUUGCAUGAAAUAUUUUGUGGGACUUUCAAGUUUUAAUUAAAAGGGUUCAAAGACAGCGCAAAAAUAGAGGAAUAAAAUUUAAUUGCUAAAAUCAUCAUGUGGAACACCCUAAAAGAGAGAUAUUUGUUAGAGAGCGACGAAAAAGCAGCUCUUGAAAGUGAAAUGGAGACGCUACAAAAAAAUUUAACUCGAGUAACAAAUGAAAAGGUGGUUGCUCUUAUGGAAUUGGCACAAUUGAAGCAGGAAUACAAUCUACUACAAGAGAAACUCAAUGAGGAUAAGCUUGUAAUUGAUAAAGAAGAGAAAAACAUGAUUCAUGAUAAAGAUGGAAGAUUAAAAAGUUUGUUAAAAAAGACAUACUUUAGCGAGUGCUUUUAUCCUCAACAAGAUUAUGCACAAAAUAUCAGCAAGAACAGUUCUAGUGCUACCACGGAUUUUGCAAAAAUGAAGGUUGAAUAUAUAUCACACAUGGAGACCUUGAAAAGCAUGGAACAUUUAGCUAGUACAGUUCGUAGACUUCGUUUAUCACUCAUUAAGGUUAAAGAAUCUGUUUCAAUAUCGAAUACGGUUUCAGACAUUAUUGAAAAUGUUGAGACAGAGGCAAAACUUUUAAAGACGGUUUGUGUUCCUGUAAGUUGGUCAGAUGAGUUGGAUACAAGUGAGGGGAAAGUUGAUGCCGUGUCAGCAACUGGUUUUGAGAUGGUGGAGUUGCUUAUUUUAGCCACACAACUAUUAAAAAGCUCGAUGUCUUGAAACAGAAAGAGAGAUAGAUAGAUAAUAAAUUGGUUUGUGGUUUGAUGGUGAAUAGUUUGUAUAGACAUAUCCCUUGGUCCAUGUUUAUAUUGUUUUUGUGUGCUAUUAACUUAA